CCCUACAGAUGGCAUGGUAUUUGUGAUCGUAGAUGAUUUUUGUUGUCAAGUGAUCCCAGCAAUAGAUUAAAAAAUAAAUUACACCGUUAACUCAUAAUCCAGCUUGAGAAAUGAAUAUCCAACCGAUCCAACAACCCGGAAUGCAAAUGGGGCAAAUGCCACAACCAAACAACCCCCAGAUGCCCCAGAAUCCUCAACAAGUUCAACAACAACAGCAACAACAGCAACAAGCACAAGAAAAACUAGACAACAUCUCCAAAGUGAAGUCCCUGGUGGGUCCUCUGAAGGAGUCCCUGGCGAUAGCAAUGAAAUCAGCAGCCCAGACAUUCCACCAGAACAGUCUGGUAGAUAUGGGUUCGCUGAAGGGAAUCGAGCCCGCUGACCAUCGAUUCAACAAGAAUUUCGAGGAAUUCUUCUCCAUCUGCGAUCAGAUCGAACUACAUUUGAAAACUUCAAUUGAAUGCCUGUCACAACACGCCAGCUCUGUCAGAUAUCUACCAAUGCCCGUUGUACCAACUAGAGUUGAGCCUGUAUCCACUCAAGAGGGACCAGCUCUCACUUAUCCCCAAUUCUUGAUGACAGUUAAAGCACAGGUUGGCUUCUUCAGGGAGGUUCAUGAUACCCUAGUCACGGCCGCUCAUGUUAUAUCCGAUUGAGGGUUCGAGUAGGUUUUGUAAAUAGUUAGAGAGACAAUUUUUAGAGUUUUCAAAGAGGCCACUACUGGCCAGGACUUCUAUAAAAAAAUCUAGCUGUAAAAAUCUCCAUUAAUAAUGUCUCCAAAAAUCUCUAAAAAUAAUCUUCAUUAAUAAUGUUUUGUAUUCGACUAGAAUAUAGGAUAAUGAUAAAAUAUUGUGAAGAAGUUUGGAGCAUAAUAAAGAUGUCAUUUUUUA